CCAGCAUGGUCAACAUAUUCGGAGUAGUUUUCCUCUGUGGGCUGGCCCUAAUCAGUGCCACAAAAUAUAAAGAAGAUGGUGUCCUGCCGGAGUUCCAUCGUGUUGAGCAACUCAGAUCCUUGGGACUUGCGUUCGCUGGACACCUUCAGGAUGUUGAACUGGACGAGUUGAGUGUCCUGGACUCCCGGGUGCCAACUGCAGAGGAUCUUUUGUGCCUCAGCGAUAUGAAUGCGCUUAUGAACGGACUUCGAGUUGGUCAAUACUGGGCACUGAAAAUGAUCGAUUCUUGGGGUUCCAUCCCAUCGGGUCUGCUUAACGGCAACAUGUACGACCUGGGAAACUUCGACGAGUGUCUUAACAUCAGGAAAGAGGUCAGCCAGAGCAGGGCUAUCCAAGGAAAGUACUGUUUUCUCUCAGUGUCUGUCGGUGCAAUUCUUGGAGUCGAGAAGGGGAUCAUCGGAACCUUCAAAACUGCCACUUGUUUUCCGGCAUCCUGCUCGGCAGCUCACAUGAACACGUUUGUGGGUCAACUGAUGAAGCAGUUCCUCAACGCCAGUAUUCCCAGCUCAGUCAUGAGUAUCAGCGACAGCAGUUGCCAGACAAUUGAAAGUGAACCCUGGGAUGGACUCACCAUUUUUAUGAUAGUUUUCUUAUCGGCGAUGGGUGCCCUAGUAGCUUUGUUUACUCUGUGGGACUACUGUCUGGGUAAAAAUCAGGAUAGUCUACCAGUAAUAGUAAAGGUCUUUUCGGCACGUUCUAACUCUCGUGCUCUUUUCCGAGUUGUGGAUACCAAAUCAAAUCCGAAUGUCAUCGAAUGUCUUAAUGGAAUACGGUGCCUGUCUCUUAUUUGGGUGGUUUUCUGCCAUCAGUACGUAAUGUCUUUACUUUCGGCUAAUAUUAAUAUUUUCAAGGCUGUAUCGUGGGAGGAGACACCAUAUGCCAGUUUUAUUUUGCAUGGAUUUUUCUCAGUGGAUUCGUUUUUCGUGCUUGGCGGAAUAUUGGUGGCUUUGAUUCCGUUGAGAUUAAUGGAUAGAACCAAAGGAAAACUAAAUGUGCCACUGAUGUAUCUACAUCGAUUGAUCCGAAUUGUCCCGCUUUUGGCAAUUGCUAUUGUCAUCCAUAUGAAACUUAUGCCAAUUAUAACAGACGGACCUCUUUUUGCUAGCGGCUACUCACAAAAGGCAAUGUGUGAAAGAAGUUGGUAUUUCACUUUGCUUUUCGUGAAUAACUACACGGACGACAAGUGCCUUGGUCAUUCGUGGUAUCUGUCGGUCGACAUGCAGUUGUUCCUUCUCUCUCCACUCUUGCUUCUUGCUCUGUAUAAAUGGGGCAAGAAAGCGGCUGCUGGUAUAUUCGUCCUUAUAAUUUUACUUUCCGGAUGUCUGUUUGCCACCAUAAUGGUCAACGAAUACUCACUGAUUUUGAAGAACUUUACUCCCCUCGGUAUGAAGGAUAUGUACUAUGCUACGCAUACACACGCCACGCCUUGGCUGAUAGGUUUUCUCUUCGGCUACUUCCUGCACUUGAAUAGUGGUAAGAAGUUUCAGCUGAGCUGGGCUGCCGUUUGGUUGGGAUGGAUCCUUUGCCUGGCCAUGAUCUUCACCUCGAUCUUCGCCCUCUACCCGGCGGCCCAGUGGAGUGCUCCUAAAUUGUCCACCCUGGCGGAGUCUUCUUACUACACCCUCACUCGAGUGGGGUGGGCGAUGGCCCUCUGCUGGGUGAUCUUCGCCUGCAAGCAUGGAUACGGUGGACUGGCCAACAGCUUCCUCUCGUCCCCGCUGUGGCAGCCCCUCUCCAGGCUGUCCUACUCCGUCUACAUGUGGCACAUGUUCGUCCAGGAGGUGAACGCCAGAAGUAUGAGGACGAACUCCUACUUCUCGAAUUACAGAAUUAUGCUCAACUUCUGGUCGACCUUUGGAUUCACCGUGCUGUUUGCCUAUUUAAUGCAUUUACUCGUUGAGGCGCCUUUUGGUGGACUUGAUCGUUUUCUGGGGCCAAGUAGAAAAAGUCCUCCUGUUGUGAAACAGAAAUCAAAUAUUGAUAGUAACCUGGAAAAGAUUAAUGUUACAACUCCAACUUCUACUGCAUAUUAGGUACAAAAUUAAUGAGUGAUCUUAGUAGUUUAAGUAAUUUAUAAUAUAAAUCAGGGCUGAUUCAGGGACCAAGUAAUUUGUAUGACAAUUUGUUUUUGUAUGAA